UUGACAUCAUAUGAGCUCUAUAAGUGUCGACAAACCUAAAGUCACCUUAUCUUUUAAAAUGUAUACAAGACCCUUUAAAGUCGUAACAAACCCAGUAUCACAUAACUCUUUAAAAUUUAACAAACUUGAUUUUAAGUGACCUCUCAAAAUGUAAAUAAACAAUCCACGACCUUUGACAUUUUACAUUUUGGUCAAGGACAAUGGCCUUGGAUAGGGAUUUGCUUACAUUUUGGUCGAGGUCAAUGACCUUGGAUAGGGAUUUGCUUACAUUUUGGUCGAGGUCAAUGACCUUGGAUAGGGCUUUGUUUACAUGUUGGUCGAGGUCAAUGGCCUUGGAUAGGGCUUUGUUUACAUCUUGAACGAGGUAAAUGACCUUUGACAGAGGUUUGUUCAAAUUUUGGGGGGUUUCGUAAUGUCAAGUUUGUUAAAUUUUGAAGGGUCAUGUGGUGUCAGGAUUGUUCAGAUUUAUAGGGGUCACCUGAGCUCAGGUUUGUUGAUUUUGAAAAACUUGUUUAAAUUUUGAGGGUUAAAAUUAUGCAUUUUUGACAUUUUGAGGGGUAACGUGGGGCAGGUUUGUAAACAAGGUUUGUCAAGGUCAAACACCUCUGGCCGGGACUUUAUUUACAUUGUCUGCGAGGCCAAUGAGUUUUUUCCGUGCAUUGUUUAUGUUUAUGGGGGUUCAAAUUUGCUUGCAUUUUUGGGGUUCUCUUGAGGCUCACUUGGGGUCAGGUUAUUCUACAUUUUGUGGCUGAAUGGAGGGUGAUGUUUGUUUACUUUUUGAUUUGUCAUAUGAAGUCAAAUUUCUAUAUAUUAUAUAUGGCGGAUUCACGUGAGGCCAGGUUUGUUUACUUUGUGGACUCCUCUGAUGUCAGAAUUGUGUGCUGCCAUUUUCUGGGUUCACGUGUGGUCCGAUUUGUUUAUAUUUUUAACAGCCAUUUCAAAUGGUUUGCGAAUUUACGGGUUCAUGUUGAAUAAAGUUUGUAUAAAUUUUGAGCGGUAAGAUCAUGUAUUGACGGAUCACGUGGGUUUAGAUUCGCCUAAAUUUUAUGGACUCAGGCAAGUUCAAGUUUUGAUGGAUCUCAUGAAGUCAAAUUUGUUUUGUUUGACAGUGCUUUUGCGGAUAAUCUUACGUGUCCUUUCUGGUUACGUAUAUUCGAAUAUUGUGGAAAUGCCUGGCGAGAUCAAUAAAGACAAAGACUGUUUAAGUAUAUCUCAUCAACAUACCUUUUCGAUGUUAGGUCGUACAAACCCAAUGGUUUUCUCUAUAGUUGUUUAGCAAUAUAGUAUUUUUUCUCUUUCGUUUACCACAUAUAGUGUGUAAAUUGAGCUCAUUUAACUUUUUAUUAGACCAAUCUAAUGUUUGGUAUAUUUUUCUCAUUAGUAUUAACAAGAGAGGUCUUCACAAAUGAUGAAAUACGUUCAACUAUCAGAGUUCAUAAUAAAUCGUAUUGAUUGAGGCGGAAAACGAUGAAAGUGUAUAUGAUUUUCUUACUUUGUGCCCAUAUUCUUACAUAAGGUGGGUGGUAACUUUUAUGUAAUUGCCAAGGAAUUGCGAAUAUUAAAGUAGCAGAUAAUGCAUUUUUAAUAUCUUUCUUUUGAAAAAGUUGUCACCAAGUUUGAUUUUAAUAAUUAAGUUGCAUUUUGCUUAGGUGAAACAGUUUUGUGAGUGCGUGGCAGACACGCGAGACUGCAUUUCCUUAAUUAAAAAUUCAUCGAAAACGGAACUCUGGAAAUUUAGUCAUUAAGAAACUUUAAAGAAUUUUUGGAAGUAAACUAAUAGUGAGCAAUAUAAGUAAAGGUGCUUCCUUGCGGUACGGCAGUGUUUUUCUUGGUUUGCUUUCGUUUACGCCGUAUUUGCAAGGAGUGUCUUCAAUUGAUAGCAGUUCAAAAUCAAAGUUGAACUUUGAUUUAAUUGUCUACUGUACUAAUUAGUAGUGUUUCAAGAGGAGAAUCAAAACGAAAUAUGCGUAAAUUUUUCGAUUUAUUUUAUGGACGCGGUGCUGGAGAUUUCGCGACAAAUGACUCGUUUCAGAUUGUAUUUUUUUACUGGGCACUAAUUGGCAUAAAACCUUUGAGACCCCUUGGGCUCUUUCGUUCAUUGCAUAUGCUGUUCUGCUGGAUUUGUUUGCUCAUGAGCCCGAUUGCUUUCAAUGUUGGCUUUAUGCAAGUAGUGCAAAAUUCAUCGAUGACAGUUAUACUUACUACGUUACAAGCGACACUCAAUGUGCUAGCUUUACCGCUGAAGGCGAUCGUGACGGGCGUUUACUUAGAGCGUCUACGUAGUGUCGAACCGAUUUUUAAAUGUUUGGAUGCGCGCUACCACAGUGCUGAGGAACGUUUCACAAUAAAAGACUCCGUUAUCAAAUCGUCGCGCUUAUUCGUAAUUGUUGGCGGAAUUUAUUUCGCAUACGGUACCAUCUCUUGGCUACCAGCACUCUUUACACACAGUCAACCGCUAAACACUUGGCUGCCAUUUAUUGACUGGAUUCCAGAGCCGACCAUUAAUUUUUGGUUGCACUUUCUCUUCGAAGUGCUUUACGUAUAUUUCCUGCUGGUCAGUCAAUUCACGAACGAUAUAUACUCGGCCAUUUACUUAAAAGCCUUACGUACGCACAUAACGCUGCUUGCGGAGCGCGUCAGUAGGCUGGGCGAGAAUCCGAAGCACAAUGACGAUGAUAAUUACAGGGACCUAAUUGAUUGUGUGCGUUCACAUCAGGAAUUGUUAGAGUAAGCUUGAUAAUACUGUACCAAGCAUAACUCAUGCAUAUAUCCGUAAUACUCUUUCUCGAUCAACAGAAUCUCUAGCGCUGUCGGCUCUGUGCUCUC